AUAAGACCAGCGCAGGUGAAAGAAGCUGGCCACGUAAAUUUCAUAGAGCUCCAUGUUCCAAACAAGACAGACGCUAUAAACUUCCUGGAUGGCAAAGGUUCAAAGCCUGCCCGGGAAGCAAGAGUAAUUAUUGAACGGCCUGACCUCAGUGAACCUGUUGUAGAAGAGCUGGUUGUAGGGCCCCUACCGGAUCCUCGAUACCAUUAUCUCAACCCACGAAGAGACAGACCCAAGAUUCCCUACAGGUUUCACCCUUCCUAUGGGAUCCAUGCUGCCUACACAGACCUGUUUCACGAACUAACCCACGAGCUAAACGACAUCAUCCUGGAAAGCUAUGGGACCAGUUUCCUCAACUGUACACAAGAUUGCUUGAUCCUGUUACCCCAAAGGACAAGUUCAGCGUAUUCCGACACGACGCUGAUUGUUCUUACAGCCUAUUAUAGAGCCGAGUUCACCACGAUUAAUUCUGCUGGUCUUAUCUUUGUCAUGAAAGAGACCGUUAAAGAUAGUCAACAAUUCAAACUACACAUGAUGAUGUACGAAGGCCGAGUAUUCACCUCGAUUGGGGAUUUCAUCAAACAAUACCGAGCCAAUAGCAUUCCCAAGGUGAGAAUGACGUUCCCUAGACCAGGUGCUGGCGAGACAUCACAGACUGGAACCAUGAACAUCCGUGGCACCAUGUUUCCCGAGGAGCCCCAAACAGGUCCCCGGCAGUUUGACCCACACGGAAAGCGCUACAGGUUGACAGGUCAACACGUGCAGUACCUGCAAUGGAGCUUUUACUUUCGCAUGUCAGCCAUUUCCGGACCCCAGGUGUGGGACCUCAGGUGGGCUGGCCAGAGAAUCGCCUAUGAGAUCAGUCUGCAGGAGGUGGCUGUUCUGUAUGCAGGUGCCAACCCAAAAAUGUUCUACAGCCAUCUUUCAGAUAGCGCUUUCGGACUAGGGAACAAGGCAAGUGGUUUAGUACCAGGAGUGGAUUGUCCUGAGCAUGCAACGUUUCUGCCACAGACAAUCUAUAAGAUGGAGCAAAAUGGACCAAAGAUCCUCCCCAAUGCUUUCUGUCUGUUCGAGCACAACACCGGGGUGCCACUUAGGCGUCAUAAGUCCAGUGACCGCGAUAAUGGCAGAAACUAUGGUGGUCUUGUGGACAGAGUUUUGAUUCUACGCACCAUUAUCGUAGAAUACAACUAUGACUACAUCUUUGAUCUGAUCUUCCAUCAGAACGGGGCAACAGAGAUCAAGACGUACGCUACUGGCUACAUAUUGGCUCAAAAGUUUCACUCAGGAGAGACUCCGUUUGGCUUCAGGAUUCACGAAAACAUCGUUGGUUCCAUUCAUCAUCAUUUGUUAAACUAUAAAAUUGACCUGGACAUUCAAGGUCAAUCUAACCGUUACGCCACCUUGAAUUUCCUUACUGAUGAGCGACCUUGGCCCUGGUACAAAAACGGAGAGCAAUCCUUUCAUCAGAUAUCAUUUCAACAUCAAGUUAAGCGAUCUGAGCAGGAAGCAGUGCUUCGAUACAACUUCUCCACACCAAAAUACCACAUUGUGUACAAUGAAAAAGAGAGAAACAAGUUUGGUAAUCACAGGGCUUACAGAAUCGCCACAACUGGGUUCACCAAGCAAAUUUUGCCAGACGAUUCGCCAGUUCUCAACAGCAGACGAUGGAGCCAGUACCAAAUGUCUGUGAGCAGACGUAAAGACAAAGAGGAGUCCAGCAGUUCUAUCUUCUCCAUGUUUGACGGAGAAAACCCAGUCGUAGACAUAGAUCGUUAUCUGCAAGACAAUGAGGACAUCAUUGACCAGGAUCUUGUUUUAUGGGUCACUGUUGGAUUUCAUCAUUUACCUCACACUGAAGACAUCCCUAACACACCAACCCCCGGAACAUCAGCAACCAUCUAUCUUCUACCAUACAACUACUUUCCAGAGUGUCCGUCCGUUGGGUCACGUGAUGCAGUAAGACUCGAUCUGAGGAAAUCCAAGAUUGUUGUCCAGGACUACGGAAUAUCAGACAAAUUUCGUUGCUCACCAUCAGCAUUUAAUUACUCUGAUUUGUCUACACAGAAAUCAGAUUUGUUUCCAUAA